CCCCAGAUCUCCGCCGCACACGCUCCUCCUCCGCUCCCCCUCCCCUCCGCUCCUCUCCCAAAUUUCAAAUUCGCCUACGCUCCCCUCCCAUUCCAUCCGCCUCCUCCCCGAAACCCUAACCGCCGCCGCUGCCAUGGGGGGCUCGCACAGCCGGGAGGACCUCGACCUCUCCGACUCUGACGACGACGACACCUCCUCCCGCGCCUCCGACGCCUCCUCCGACUUCUCCACCCCUCCCCCCGCCUCCGCCUCCAAAGCCGCCAGAGCGGCGACCCCGGCCUCCGUCGUCGACGACAUCGACCACCACCUCCGCAACCUCCAACUCAAGUACUCCGAGCCCAUCUCCCCGAACCCUAGCCCCACCCCCAACCCCGGCGCCUCCGUCUCCGCCUCGGCCGUCAAUGCGGUCAAGCUGUACCUCCACAUAGGCGGCUCCACGGCCGCCGCCCGCUGGGUGAACUCCGACCGCCUCGCUGCCGUGUCUUUCGUCCGCUCAGGCGAGGGCGCCUCCGACCCCGACGAGGACGACGAGCCCACCGGGCCGUGGUUCCUCGUCGUGGGCUCCAAGAUCCGGGCCAAGGUCGGGCCCGAGCUGCAGCUCAAGACCUUCCCCGUGCAGCGGCGCGUCGACUUCGUCGCCGACGGCGUCUGGGCGCUCAAGUUCCUGCACGCCGACGGCUACGGCGACUUCAACGCCAAGUACCAGAGCUGCCUGUUCGAGAACAGCUACGGCGUCGAGGCCACCGACGAGGGCCGCGCCAAGGUGUUUGGAAAGGAGUUUGCUGCGUGGGCGCGCCCAGAGUGUGGCGAUGAGUCCAUCUGGGAGGACGCAAGUGAUGCUUUCUCGCCAGGCCCCAAGGGCAGCCCGAUGCCUGCACGGAGUCCGAUGCUGAGACCUCUGAUGGAGGAUUUCAGGGAAUUUGAGGAGCCUGUGGAGGAGGGUGAUGGUAGCAUACAGAGCCUUGCGCUGGGCGCUCUUGACAACAGCUUCCUUGUUGGUGAUUCAGGCAUUCAUGUGGUCAAGAACUUUGAGCACGGCAUACACGGGAAGGGUGUCUCUGUGAAGAUCUCUGGAGGGGGAACAAACUUCACCACACCAAAGAAAGCACUUCUGAUGCGUGCCGAAACAAACAUGCUCCUGAUGAGCCCAGCAACUGAUGGCAAGCCGCAUGCCAAGGGGGUGCAUCAACUUGACAUUGAGACAGGGAAGGUGGUCUCACAAUGGAAAUUUGGGAAAGAUGGAGCUGACAUUAACAUGAAGGAUAUCACUAACGAUAGCAAGGGCGCACAGAUGGAUGCGUCUGAAUCCACAUUCCUGGGACUAGAUGACAACCGAUUGUGCCGGUGGGAUAUGAGGGAUAGGCAUGGAAUUGUGCAGAACUUGGCUAGUUCGAUGGAGUCCCCAGUGUUGGAAUGGACCCAGGGCCAUCAGUUCUCCAGGGGAACAAACUUCCAGUGCUUUGCAUCAACUGGCGAUGGGUCUAUUGUGGUAGGCUCAUUGGACGGGAAAAUCCGUUUGUACUCAAAGAGCUCUAUGAGGAUGGCGAAGACGGCCUUCCCAGGGCUGGGUUCACCAAUUACUCAUGUGGAUGUGACGUACGAUGGGAAGUGGAUACUGGGAACCACUGAUACCUAUCUGAUACUCAUAUGCACCAUUUUCAUUGACAAGGAUGGGAAGGAGAAGACAGGGUUUGGUGGAAGAAUGGGGAACCGAAUUGCUGCACCAAGACUGCUCAAGCUCAGCCCACUGCACUCUCAUCUUGCAGGGGACAAUAGCAAGUUCCGUGAGGGCAGGUUUUCAUGGGUCACGGAUAACGGCAAGCAGGAGAGGCAUCUCGUGACGACCGUGGGGAGGUACAGCGUGGUGUGGAACUUCCUCCAGGUGAAGAACAGCCACCACGAGUGCUACCAGAACCAGGAGGGGCUGAAGAGCUGCUACUGCUACAAGGUGAUCCCCAAGGACGAGUCCAUCGUGGCCAGUCGCUUCAUGCAUGAGAAGUACGACUUGAGCGACUGCCCUGAGGCGCCUCUGGUCGUCGCGACGCCCAUGAAGGUCACCUCCUUCAGCGUGGCUAGCCAGCGCUAGCUCCGUGCUUCCGCCUCUCAGUGUUCUUUUUUUCAGUUGGGUUGUUGGUCUCCGUGCUGUCAUGUAACUUCUUGACAUGCGGAUCUGGACUUCCAAGUGUGAUGAUGACUAUCUAUCUAGUCAUGGCUUGUUACAGGAUUUAUGAGUUAUGUGGAUUGAUAGCCAAAACUAUCUUACGGAUUGAUGAUUUGUACUGGCUAGAUUGAUUCUGAACUUCUCUGAAAGAAGGAAUGAAUUUUAAUUCUGCAAACAUGAUGUAUUCAUC